ACUUUCUAUAAAAUGGAAUUAGGUGGAGAGGAAAACUCAACCAUCAACUUGAGGCUAUCGGAUCAGGUGGAGAUAGGCACUGCGGUGCAUUCACUGAUCGACCAGCCUGUACAAUACCCCUUCAAGUCGAACGAGAGCUCACCAGAGAAGCUUCAUGACCAAGACGAAGCAUUGGAUGAGCGUCCGGACCCGAUUUGAGACUCUAUGACAGUUUCUUCUAAGAAAUAUCCUUCAACCAGUCCUCCAAACCAGCGUCAUGCUGCUGAGGAGAUCUCUGGUUCCAAUCUUGGAGUAAAGAGAAGAUGGAAGAAGAGCCUGAGAAAGGCUCAGUGCUCUUAUGAGCAAUCUGAGGCUAGACCCAAGAAGAAUAAGAAUAAUUCAGGUAAAAAGAGGAAGAGGAACUAUGAAAGUAUUGCUAAGACUAAAGCAGCCAAAGCCCACUUUAGAUCAGGCAGAUGGACUAGACUAGAGCACUUCAAGUUUCUUGAGGCUCUAAAGAUGUUCGGAAAGGAGUGGCAGAAAGUUCAACAACAUGUUUAUACACGUACUUCCACCCAAGCUCGAUCUCAUGCUCAAAAGUUCUUUGUCAAAUUGGAAAAGAAAGAAUUGACUCUGGAAGAAUUUUUGAAUAAACUUGAUAUUGAGCAGCUUAAAGUUGAUCUCAAUAUUGGAGUAGAGGGUGACUCUACAGAUUAUGACGAGAAUCAACCCCUCUUGAGAAUUGCCAAUCAGAAGCUUAAUUCUGUCAUGAAUAUAGCUCUUCCAGACUCAAAACCUCCAUCCAAGAUUGCUCAACAGUUACCUAUUAACUCUUGUGAGAGCCAGAAUAGUGAACAUGUUAGAUCUACAGUAAGAAGCUCUAAACAAAGAAGAGCCAAACUAAACCACACCUUCCUCCACCAAAAACACCUAUACCCCCCUUCAGGAAGCAGGGACCCCUCUCCUACGCCUCAAGAAGCUAUUCCCAAAGGGUCUACCCUCACCAAAGACUCUUCUCACCUCAGCCACAGUGGAAACUUCAAACGUAUGAAGACAGAUAUCAUCGCUGAGCCUACACAGAGGUCUAAUACCUGCCUAUAUUCCCCACAAUCUCCUAUCCCCAGUCAUGAACCCCUCAAGGCUCUUUGCCCACCUAAACCCCUGCUCUGCCCCGACCAGCCACCCCAUAUCGUAGCAGAAGAAGAGACUAAGAUCAGGAUCGAUAGAAGUCUAGUGCAGGAGUAUCAGAUAGAAAUGAAAGCUGAUUCACACAUUGAAGACAUAUUGAAAGGGCCUGAAGAUGGCUUCGAUAAGGGACAUCAGAAGGAAUUCGAAUGCUUUACCCCAUGAAUUGCUGACUUUGACCAUCACCAGUUCGAACAACUUAUGGAUCAUGCAGGAAAGGAACAAAACGAGUUUGACAUCCUCUCACAAGAGAUCCAGUUUGAUGAGCCACUAAACUUUAUGGACGAUAAUCAUGAAAUAAAGCUUGACAAUCUUUAUUUCCCUGCAUCUAAACUGUCAAAAGAGAGAGAUGGAUUCGAGCUAAACUUGUAUGAAGAAGCAGAUCUGCAGUUAAGCCAUAUCUAGGCUCAUUAAUGGAUUUGCUGAUGCCUGACUAACGAUUUGCUAGGACUA